CGUCCUGUCAGUAUCUGGUCCAUAGCUUGCUGUGAAGUCAGACCGUAGAGGGUGGUUUUCCCAGAGCUUGUCAAUUCUGUUCUUGAAAAGAUCUAUGCCAAAUACACAUAUUUAUGCGACAGCCAAAAAGAGAAGCUGAGAUCUUCGAAAGUUUCUGAUUUAAGAUAUUCUAACGAGGAAACAACAUUUCAUGGCUAUGAUCUAUCCUUACAUGACAAAUGAGGGAGGAAUGGGUUUCAGAGAUCACUAACCGUGAAGGGUUGAUCCUCCUAUUUGUGAACUACACUUUCUUUUCGGUGAUUUUCCUUGUGUGUCUCCUGUUCAUGCUGUGUUUGGCAAAUACUACGUCCUCACCAAAUGACCUUCUCAUGUCCUUGAUGCUACUAGCAAUGAGUUUUGUACUGGUCAACAUGGUGAUUGCUGAUUAUGUUGUGUGUAUGAUACACUCCCACAGGGAUCCUCAACCGAUUAUGUGACCUUGCACAUGUGGUAUAACCUUUAAUGCAUGUCUAAGUAGCUGCAAGUUCGAACUUACAGGAAAGGUUUUAAAACCAUAGCGAUUAUGAGAAUAAUUGUUUUUUGAUACUUCUUUAAUCUGUUCAAAACUUUCAUACAAAUAUUCAUAUAAAUUUUAAAAUAGAAUAUAUAUUUUGAUUUAUGAUGUCAAAUUCACGCAACAUAAAACAAAUAACCCGUCACGUUGAUGCUGGUGUGAUACAUCUGACAUCCGAAACAAGUUUGUCAUCAACUCACCUAGAUAUUGAAUCACCAUUGAGCCCUUCAUCAAGUUAUGUUAAAAGUAAACUGGGCAAAGAAAUAAGUCCGGACUUUAUAAGUGCUUUCAUGUUGGCACACUGGGACAAUAUUUUGGGACCACGCAUCCUUAAUGUGUGGCUGGGUACUGAAUGUCACCUGACGGAACAGCUGUUCAAUCAAGUGUGCAGUCGUUCAUUGAGUGGAGAAAUGUGUAGAGAUACUCAGGACAGUUUUGUAGAUUUCAAAUUUCUUGACUUAUCGGAGAUGGACAUGAUCUUGGCUGGGUUUGUAUUCGUGGCACGUGGUAGUAGCGGCCUUGGUGUUCAUUCUUUGUCCGUGUUGAUGCCGCAUUCUGAACUUGGAACAUACUUGGAGAUACAUGACCUGCUCUCACGAUGUCUUAACAGAACCAUCAACAAAUUACGACGGUUUUUACACAUGUCUGAUACUCCACAACCAGAUAUCAAUGGAGAAUUUGUUGAGAAGUCUAGAGAAUGUCUGAAGAUGCUGGCAUCUAUAUACAAGUCUUCCUUAGCACUACCAAUUAACCUGUCAGAAACGUUCCUUAGUCCGUCUCAUUUACUGGAAAGAGAGUUCCUGUGUCGCUGUAUUGCAGCUCAUCUUCUCACAUUUGGUCACAGUCUAGUGAUAGGGGAAAAUAGCAACAGAAUCAACUUGCUGAUAACUACACUGGCCUUGUUCAACACAAAGAAAGAAAGACGAUGUUCCAUGAGAAUAAAAGAGGGAUGUACCUGUCACCAUGAUCUAUUUGUUCAGGGCAUUGUGAAGAAAUGUAAUGAUGCCUAUGACCUACCGGUGGCCCAGAUAGUGGAUAGUAAAUAUCCAGUCAGCAUUAUUAACUUGACCACUCGAGAUGUGAAGCAAGCUUACUCCUAUCAUCACCAGAGAGUGUAUAGUCCACAAGGCAUGGCUCCAAACAAUGAACUUACCCUGAUCCCAGUAGAACACAGUGAGAACCUGGUGCUAGCACUCAUGGAUGAGUUGGAGAAGCUGCCAGCAGAGUGUGGUGUUCGAGAGGCUUACAUCUGCCACUUUGUCUUGACACUGCAAAGGAAGGCACUUGCUCUCAUAAAAUAUGUGGAAGGUGAAACGAAUUUUGGAAGCACCAUGUUUCGGUCAGGGAUGAAGAAAUUACGGCAGGAUUUGGGAAUAGCAUCUGAAGGAGAUCUACAAAUUUUACUGGCCACAGCAGAGAAACUGAAACCUGGAAUUAUUUAUUUUGUGUUCGGCGAUGGACAGUGGUCCAGUAGAAGUAAUGAUGGCUGGUCAUCAGGGGUUAUGGAAUAAAAUAGGAAUAGGUUGACAAAGAAAUGAAAAUAGAAACUUGAGCUUUACUUCAUGCAGUGAUGGAGGUAUCUUUGAACCCAAUUUGUGUGAAGAAUCAGUGACUUUGUAAGAAUUGUUUCUAUUCUGUUAAGUUUCAUCUCCAGAAAUCUAUGAUUUUCUUGGAUUUGUUAAGUUUCAUCUCUGGAAAUCUAUGAGAACAAAUAACACUGCACUAAGAACUAGUAGUUGAAUAUUUCAGAUCCAAGUAUUGACUUUUCAGAAGUAUGGUAUUUAGGAUGAAUGUAGAAGUAAUGUUUGUGUCAAUCAAAAAAGGAAGAAUCUUCAUUUCAUCACAGAACAAUUCUAGAAGAAAAUCGGUGUCUCGUCCUCACUUCAGUCGGGCUACAUAUGGUUGAUUUUGAUGUUUAUGGUGUGUAUUUACAAAAAUAUCUGUGAUAAUAAUAGGAACACAUGCUUGUACAAAUUACAUGAAAACUUCAUCAUGUGUAUGUUGUAUUAUGUGGAAACUAAUUUCAACUGUGUCACAAUUCACUUUGAUACAGUAGGAGUCACUCGGUCAUGUAUUAACUGAGCAUUAGGUUAUAUCGUUGUGUUUAAGUGUUAUUUUGUCUAUAAAAAAUCCAAAUCAAAUCUUACAUCAGACAAGUAACUUAAACUUCUGUUCCCCAUAUUUCUUCCUUUUACAUAACAUUCCAUAAUUCCUUAGAAGACAAUUUCUAAAGAAUAAAAUACAUUAACUUAUAAGUUGAAAAUAUUGUGGUUUAAUUCAAACUGACUGCACAGUAUGCAGAAAAAUAAUUAAUGAGAAAAAAGAUCCUGUUAAUAAUAAAUGAACACAACCAUUAUGUGUGAUCAUGUUAAUUGUAAAUGCACCAGUUGUGUGAACAUUUUAAUGGUAAAUUAACACAAUUGUUUUAUUGUCGUGUUAAUGGCAAACUAGCACGAUUGUGUGUUAUUAUGUUAAUGAUAAACUAUCACACCUGUUGUGUGUGAUCACGCCAAUAGUAAAUUAACAAACAGUUGUGUGUGAUUAUUUUAAUAGUAAAUUAACACAAUUGUU